AUGGUGAGGUUAUCAUCACGGUCGCUACUGGCGGGCCUCGGCCUAGCGGCGCAAUAUACUAGAGCGGCCUUGACCGUCGACCUCAGCUCACCAGAUUCAAUCAAACAAGCCGCAUCACAAGUCGCAGAGGACCUUCUCACCUUCUACCGCGGCGACGAGCCCGGAUGGGUCCCGGGUAUCUUGCCCGGCCCUCCUCCCGACGGCGACUACUACUGGUGGCAGGGCGGUGCCAUGUGGGGGACGCUCCUCGACUACCGCCACCACACGGGCGACAAGACGUACGACGACAUGACGAGCACGGCCAUCUUGUUCCAAGUCGGUGACGAUCGCGACUUUAUGCCCGCCAACUGGUCCGCGUCCAUGGGCAAUGACGAUCAGGCCUUUUGGGCCCUCUCGUCCUUGGUGGCGGCCGAGACUGGUUUCACGGAUCCCCCCGAGGACCAGCCGCAGUGGCUUUCGCUGGCCCAGGCCGUCUUCAAUGAGCAGACGCACGAGGAGAGACGAGUGCCGGCGGGCAGCAAUUGCGAGUGGGGAUUGAGGUGGCAAGUGUACCGGACAAACAAUGGAUUCGACUACAUCAAUACCAUUGCCAAUGCUUGUUACUUCAAUAUUGGAGCCCGUCUGGCUCGGUACACGAACAAUGAUACCUAUAUGGAGCUUGCGGGACGAACCUUUGACAUUAUGGAGAAGCUGGGUUAUGUCGAUGCCGACUGGAACGUUUACGAUGGAGCUCAUUUGCCCGACUGUACCGAUAUCAACAAGGCGCAGUUUUCCUACAACUCUGCCAUGUUGAUGCAGGGUGCAGCUUUCCUGUACAAUUAUACAAAUGGCGAGCAAGUUUGGCAGGACAGGGUUCAAGGCUUGCUUACACGCACGAUCGAGGUCUUCUUCCCCGACGGUAUUGCAUUCGAACCGGCUUGCGAGCCCGGCAACUGUAACGCGGAUAUGCGUUCUUUCAAGGGCUUCUUGCACCGCUGGAUGGCCUCGACGGCCAUGAUGGCACCCUUUACCUACGACACCAUCAUGCCCGUGCUCCGGACGUCGGUCGAGGCAGCCGUCAAGCAGUGCACUGGCGGCGACAAUGGUCGAUUCUGCGGCUUCCACUGGACGACGGGCACUUUUGACGGCAAGACGGGUGCCGGCCAGCAGAUGAACGUGCUCGGUGGCCUGACCUCGUUGUUGGCAGCCACGCCACCUCUUACCAACACCACCGGCGGAACGAGUGUCGGCGACCCGAAUGCGGGUAGCGAGGAGUCGACCUUGACGCCACUGGCUGAGAUUACGACUGCCGAUCGGGCUGGUGCUGGCAUUCUCACCUGUAUCAUUCUUGCCAGCAGUCUAGGCGCUUUUGCUUGGAUGAAUCUUGAAACAAUGUGA